AUGCCACCCGAAGGAAGCACGAGGGCUGGGAUACUGCCAGGUUGCCCAAGCCUAGACAGAAGUCGAGUGGCGGAAGUCGGGUUCGAACCGCGGUCAGUAAAUUCGCGCUCUACCCACUUGGGCCAUCUCGCCCCCAACAAACGAAUAAAAACUUUCAGAAGUAUCAGAAAAUGGCUCAAGUGGUUAGAACGCGAAUUUACUGAUCGGAAGGUCCGUGGUUCGAACCCGACCUCUGCCACUCGACUUCUCCUGUCUAGGCUUGGGCGACAUGGCAGUAUCCCAGCCCUCGUGCCUCCUUCGUGUGGCAUGGCAGCUAGGCACCGAAAGGGUGCCACAACUGAACGAUUAUUAUUUUAUUAUUCAUUUGCUCAAGCUACUGUCCUCAAAAAGCGGUCGAAGUGCAGAGGUCGGGUUCAAACGACAAACCUUCCGGUCAGUAAGUUCGCGCCUCAACCAGUGAGCCAUCUCAAGCCACCUAAAGCAUACCCGAGGUUCCAAUAUCCUCCAGAUUGGCCACUGCGUGGACACACAAGUUUCACCAUGUUUGUAAACUCAAAAUAUUGCGCACGAAAUGCUGCUGGGAUCGACCAGCCACCCUUUCUUUUCGGGAGUGAUGAUGCUCGGUACAGAGUGAUCUCUCAGUAUGAGACGGAUAGCAAGACGGCUCAGUGGUUAGAGCGCGAAUUUGCUUGCCGGAAGGUUCGUGGUUCAAACCUCACCUCUGCAUCUCGACUUGGGCAACCUGGCAGUAUCUCAGCCUUCGUGCUUCCUUCGGGUGGCAUGGCAGCUAGGUACCACUUUAUGAAUGAACUAGAGUGUCUUAUGACUGAGCGAGAAAGCACCAGUGAUUGCCAGUUCAAUAGUUGCUCUGAUGGUUACUCAUCGGAGCUGACUGUCUACUUGCGGAAUAAUCAAUUUUACGUGUGUUACAACAACGACAACAAUCAACAGACAUUAUGGAAUGAUGUCUGCGCUCCUCAAAGGAUGAUAACUAUUUCGACCCGAAAAAAUAUUGAAUUAGGACUAAAAAAAUCGUUCCGCUGUAGCACUUUUUCUGUGCGCAACUGCCACGCCACCCGAAGGUUGCACAUGGACUGGGAUACUGCCAGGUUGCCCAAGCCUAGACAGGAGAAGUCGAGUUCGAACCGCGGACCUUCCGAAUUAGAACUAAAGUAUACCCAACUGCUCAAGAUGCUCAGUGAUGAGGAGGCGAGCAUACGGACCAGAAGGUCCGUUGUUCGAAACCAACCCCGACAGCUCAGGUUGCUGAAAAUUCGUCGACAGCCCACGACCGGUUUCGCAUUUUUCGGGGCGAGGAUUAUGAAGGAGAUCACGAAACGCUUGGGUGCUGUCGGUGCUACUCGCCUUCCAGGGUGGGGACCGCGUGAUCCUCACUGUGCCUGGUUGGAGACACUACAAGAUAUGGCUGCCAACCUAUGUCAGUGGCGUUUUUGUUGUCAGAUUCUAUCCAGAUUGCCUGAGCUUUCAAAUAAAUUACGGUUGUACGGCAGUGAAGCAUCAAUGUUGAACACUGAUGUCAUGCUGUCGAUGAUGAUGAUGAUGAUGACUUACAAGGUCACUGACAACUCUUCGACAGCUUACUACCGGUUUCGACCUUUCUCGGGUGCAUUGGAUAGGUGUAGCCCCCAGUUUCCAUCCACCUCAUGUUCUAACAACCUGCGGGCAAUUGAGGAAAAACACCCACUUUUAACUACACCGGCUUCGGCGAGAGAUUCAACUGAAGUAACGGUUCAGUCAUACGUCAAAACGUAA